GGUUGCCAGGAGUUGACUUGACGGCAACUGGUGUUUUGGUUGAUUUUCUUUGGAAACAGGAGAGCACAAAUCUCAGGUUGGGUGUAAAACAAAUCGUAAUUUUAAUGACUUUUCUUAAAGAAGUUACUGGGUUGGGGUUUCUCCUUGUCAUAUCAAAGAGCGUUUGGAAUUGGCACAGUGGGUAAUUUACAAUGCAAAAUCUGAAACCAGGAUCCUGAUCGUGAAAAUAAAAUUUCAGAUGACGUUUCAGGAGAGAACACUGUAGGUUGAAAAUCUCCGAAGUUAAUUACUGGCCCAAAGUCAGACGUCAGAACACACCUGCUUGCCAUCUAGUGGCGGGGCCACCGUGCUGGGUGUUCUUCUCUCUCGAUAGGAGCGUGUUUCCUGAUGAUGCUUCUUGUCAUCGAAUACACUGGCCUUUUGAACUUCUGUGUAGGAAAUUGAGAGGCUGAAUGAGCGGCUGGAGGAAAAGGAGAGGGAGAUGCAGGUGCUGACGGAGCCACUGUGCGGGAGGGAAGAGGACACCGUCCUGCAGGCGCAGGCCCGGGCCACAGGCGAAGUGCUGUGCCGCUCCCUGGCCGAGGAGGCCCACCAGCUUCGGAGGACGCUGGCCGCCACUGCCCACAUGUGCCAGCAGCUGGCCCGGUGUCUGGAGGAGAGGCAGCGAGCAGGCGGGGACACGGAGACCCCCAAAGAGCCAGAGUGUGCCAGCAGGGACACCGCCGUCCAGGCUGAGGUCGAGAAGUUACGGGAAGAAAACCGGCAGCUGAAGGCCAAGGUCACUCACGUGGAGGACCUCAAUGCUAAGUGGCAGCGGUACGACGCCAGCCGGGACGAGUACGUGCGGGGGCUGCAGGCCCAGCUUCAGGGGCUGCGGGCCCUGCGCCAGUCAGAGGGGCCCUCCCCGGCCUCGCUCCUGAGGAAGGAGAUUUCACGGCUUAACCAUCAGCUGGAAGAGAUGCUCAGUGACUGCGCAGAGGCCCGGCGGGAGCUGGUGGCCGCUCAGGGGGCCCGAGAUGCCGCGCUGGAGCGGGUGCAGAUGCUGGAGCAGCAGAUCCUUGUGUACAAGGACGACUUCUCGUCGGAGCGGGCGGACCGGGAGCGGGCUCAGAGCAGGUUCCAGGAGCUCUGGGACACAGUGGCCUGCCUGCAGCGUCAGAUGCCCAGGAGACAGGACCCCUGGGAGCCAGGCCGGACUCGCCCUGGGAGCAGCGCAUCCAAGUACUUGGAGACAGACGCCCUGGAGCCAGCGGUGCCUGGGGGCCAGAGGCUGGGGUCCCCGCGGCUGGAGCCCCCUGCAGAGGGUGGGUGCCCUGGCACAGACCCCAGGGGCCAAGGGGACCUCCAGUGCCCCCACUGCCAGCAGCACUUCAGUGAUGAGCAGGGCGAGGAGCUGCUCAGGCACAUGGCUGAAUGCUGCCAGUGA